AUGAGUGCAGCUCCCUGCAGAAAAUUUACAGCUCUGUCGCGGCCGUUGGUGACCCUGCUUUUGUGCUGCUGCUGCUGCUGCAAUUACGGUGCAGCGGGCUCUCGCCUUUCCUCUCUCUCUGAAGCAAACACAACAACAGCAGCAAGAACAGCAGCAAGACCGAGGUGGAGUUUCAUCGCUGCAGGCGGCCCAGCUGCGGGGUUGGGCCCAUCCUCACCAGCACCAACCGCUGCAGGAGCUGCAGCAACUGCAGCAGCAGCAGCAGCAGCAACUCUCAAAUCGCCUGCAGUCUAUGCAGCUUACUGGGAUUCGUUGCACGGUUUCCAUACGCCUAGAGGGCUGCUGCUGCAGCAGCCCUGUUACCAACAGCAGCAGCAGCAGCAGCAAAAUUUUGUGCUGCGUGCUCUGUGCUGCUUCGAAAUAGCUCUUCCUGAAGACACACGGCGCCGCCGCAGCCGCAAGGGCGCCGCCAGAAAUCCACUGAAGAGGCUCUUGAAGAUUCCAAGGGGGGGCUGGAGGCCCAGCAGCAGUAACGACAGCAACAGCAGCAACAGCAGCGGCAGCAGCAAACGCAGCAGCAAGAAGGGGAGCAGGAAGAACGGCAGCAGCAACGUCGGCAGUACCACAGCUCUUCGCUGCCUUGCCAACCCUGCUGCAGCUGAGGCUGAGGAACAGCACAGUGCUGCUGCAGCGGGAGCAGCAACAGCAGGAGCAGCAACAGGUGUAGCAGCAGCAGCAACAGCAGCAACAGCAAUGAGCGGCCCAACAUAUGUGGACAUCGGGGCAAACCUUUGCGAUCCGAUGUACAAGGGCUGCUAUUUUGAGAAGCAAAAGCACCCACCAGAUAUAGAGCAGGUUUUGGAGAGGGCAACAGCAGCGGGGGUCGGCAAAAUUAUACUGACAACGGGGGCGUUUGAGGACUUCCACACAAACCUCCAAAUCGCGCAGACAUACGAUUCUGAAUGCAGACGCCUCUUCUUGACUGUAGGGAUCCACCCGACUCGUUGUGAGGAGUUCGCUGCUGCAGAAACUAGCAGCAGCAGCAGCAGCAACAACAGCAGCAACAGCAGCAACAGCAGCAGCAGCAAGGAAUUCGACUCCUUUGCAUCAAAGGUGGAAGAGGGGGGCCUGCGGCUGAGUGGCUACCCGAAAGUAUAUGUAGAGCGUCUUUUCGAGCUGCACCAGCUGCAGCAGCAGCAGCAGCAACAGCAGCAGCAGCAGCGACAGCGGGUCGUCGCUGUAGGGGAGAUUGGCCUGGACUACGACAGGCUCCGCUUUUGCGAUGCAGAAACACAGAAGCAGUGCUUUGAGCUGCAGUUGGCUUUGGGCUACUCCUUGCAGCUGCCGCUGUUCCUGCACAUGAGAAAUGCAGCUGCGGACUUCACUGAGAUCCUGCGGCGACGCAAGGGUUUGUGGGCGGGGAGGGGAGGAGUUGUCCAUUCGUUUACUGGAACAGCCGAAGAGGCGAAAGAGCUGCUAAAUGAGGGCUUAUACAUAGAUGCUCCUUGGUGCGGACUGAGGCCAACGCAUGCAGGAUUUGCUCUGCUCAGUGAUAAGCAAAAAUCGGCGCUCAAUGGAGUUAAGCCAGAAAAGUGGACGGCAAACGAUCAAGUAAAGGGGCGCAACGAACCGUGCAACAUAAGCGCUGUUGGGGAGGUUGUCCGUCAGCUUGUAUCCCCCAACCUCUCAGAGAAGGAUUUCGCCGAACAGAUAUACAAAAACACCGUGUCUGUUUUCCCCCUUUUGUCCGAGCCGUAG